AUAUUCCGCUCGACACGAAAAAAAAUCCACUUUCCCUCAUCAAUUCUCAGUGUAAAUCUUCAAAAUCACCGACAUCUUGCUUUCUCUCUUACUGCAAAACCAAAAAAACUAAAUAAAACCCUAAUUUAUCUAUCACUCACCGAGUCACUCGCCAUGAUCGAGCUAUCUUCAACAAUACCGAGUCAGAUUCGGUUCCUUCUUCACACCUUGAACGAAGCCAACGUCGACUCCGUGUUUCGCGACCUCUGUCAGUUCAUGGAGUAUGGAUUUGAAGGAAGUGUUCUGACGCUCCAAACAUGUUUGGAAUAUUUGAAGACUGACUUGAAAAACAUGCAGUUGGAACCCGUACUGGUUUCGGUUUUCAAGUUUGUUUUGGACAAACCGAAUUCCACUACUGUGUUUUGUCAGUCUUUAAGAAGUUUGGAGAUCACUGAAAAUUUCUUAGAGAAGUUGUCUAAUUCGCUGAAGCUAUCUGUGGCUGAGAAAAUUGGCAUUGGUCUCGCGCUCACCGAUGCGGAGAACGCUGAUACCAGGAUGUUUGCAAAGAAGUUUUGUAUGGCUCAAAUUGAGGAAUUGUGUGCGAAUCCUGUUCUGAUAAGUUCAGUUGAUCAAGUUCAGAAUAUUGUUAUGUUCCUACAGCGGUCGGAGGGGCUAUCCAAGCAUGUUGAUAGCUUUAUGCAGAUGUUGUCGUUAAUGCAGUCAAAAGAUGUUACCCCAUUUGUUUUAACUCCACUGAUUUCUGAUGAACUGCGCGAGGCCAAUUUUUGGAGGAAUAUGGAUCUCUUCCAUGGAAGUACAGAGAGUGAAUUUGAUGCUAUUUUAGCUGAAAUGGAAAAGGAGAUGAGCUUGGGAGAUAUUGUGAAAGAGUUAGGCUAUGGAUGCACAUUUGAUGCAUUGCACUGCAAAGAAAUAUUAUCUCCUUUUCUGCCACUGUCAGAAGUUACAAUCUCUAAGAUACUUGGAACAAUUGCCCGCAACCUUACCGGGCUUGAGGACAACCAGAGCACAUUUUCAACGUUUGGCUUGGCUCUUGGUUGUGACAUUACAACUGAUCUUCAACAGUUAAGCUCCUGGGACGUUGACAUCCUUGUAAAAACAAUCAAGCAACUUGCUCCUGGUACUAACUGGAUUCAAGUUAUUGAAAAUCUGGAUCAUGAAGGAUUUUACAUACCUAAUGAGGAGGCAUUCUCCUUUCUGAUGUCUGCAUAUAGACAGGCAUGCCAGAAUCCUUUCCCUCUCCAUGCAAUCUGUGGGUCUCUUUGGAAGAAUACUGAAGGUCAACUAUCUUUUCUGAAACAUGCAGUACUUGCACCACCAGAAGUGUUCACCUUUGCUCAUUCUGGAAGGCAGCUGAACUAUAUGGAUGCUGUGCAUGGCCAUAAAUUCCAAGUUGGGCAUGCUAAUCAUGCAUGGCUGUGUCUUGACCUUUUGGAUGUGCUUUGUCAACUUGCUGAGACAGGUCAUGCUAGUUCUGUUCGAUCAAUUCUCGAGUAUCCUCUUAAACACUGUCCGGAAUUGUUGCUUUUUGGGAUGUUCAAUAUCAAUACUGCCUACAGCCUCCUCCAAUACGAAGUGUCUUUUAGGGUUUUCCCCCUUAUACUCAAAAGCCCUGCUUGUGGUGGUAUGAUGCUUUACCUUUGGCAUCUGAACCCUAAUCUUGUGUUGCGGGGAUUUGUAGAGGCUGGCAAUGUUGAAUCAAACAUCAUGACCAAGAUAUUGGAUGUAUGUCAAGAGCUAAAGAUUUUUUCAUCAGUAUUAGACAUGAUUCCCUUUCCUUCUGGUAUCCGAUUGGCAGCCCUUGCUUCAAGAAAAGAGCUUAUAGACCUUGAAAAGUGGCUGAGUAAUAAUUUAAUUACAUACAAGGAUUCAUUCUUCGAGGAAUGUCUCAGGUUUCUGAAGGAGAUUCAGCUCGGUGGAUCACAGGAUUUUUCUGCGAAACCUUUUCAUCAUCAAAGCAAUAUUGUGAACCAUUAUUCAGAAACUAGUUCAUCCUUCCUGAAGGUCCUUCAAGCUCACACCAGCUUAAUUAUCUCUACCGAACUGUCUGAGGAAAUGGAAAGGUUGCAUGUGACAGCAAUGGACUCUAAUCCAAGGCUGCAAAAUGGUAGCUCAGCAGAUUCAUCUACCCCUGAUGGGUUUUCAGAUGAUGUUGAGGCAGAGGCAAACUCUUAUUUCCAUCAAAUGUUUUCUGGUCAGCUGACAAUUGAUGCAAUGGUUCAAAUGCUUGCUAGAUUCAAGGAAUCUUCAGUGAAAAGGGAACAAUUGAUUUUCGAGUGCAUGAUUGGCAAUCUAUUUGAAGAAUAUAGAUUCUUCCCUAAGUAUCCAGAAAGGCAACUAAAAAUUGCUGCUCUUCUUUUUGGUUCUGUUAUCAAGCACCAGCUUGUUACUCAUCUCACUCUUGGGAUUGCUUUGCGUGGUGUUUUAGAUGCACUUCGCAAACCUCCAGAUUCCAAAAUGUUUGUGUUUGGUACCAAGUCUUUGGAGCAGUUUGUGGAUCGUUUGAUUGAAUGGCCACAGUAUUGCAAUCAUAUCUUACAAAUAUCUCAUCUGCGUGGUACUCAUAAUGAGCUUGUUGCUUUCAUUGAACGAGCACUUGCCAGGAUUUCAUCAGGGCAUUUGGAAUCAGAUGGAACUAACAAUGCUUCUGCUGCUCAUCACCAUGGUUUGUUACAGGCUGCCUCAGUAAAUGGAGAGUCAAAUAGCAUUAACAUUCCACAGCUUGGGCAGCAACUUUCAUCUACACUCCACAGUCAACAGAGACAUGAAAGUUCUCUUGAUGACCGCCUGAAGGCAUCUGCAGCUCCAUUUAAUGACACUAAACCAUUUCUAUCUUCCGGUGGGCAAUCUUCAGCUGCUUCAAGUGAUGCUUCUAGCAUUCAGAAGAAUACAGUUACUUCUUCAUCUUUGUUGUCUUCUUCACCUGGUUUUGUCCGUCCUUCCCGUGCAGUUACCUCUACCAGGUUUGGCUCUGCAUUGAACAUCGAAACACUUGUAGCUGCUGCUGAGAGAAGAGAAACACAAAUAGAGGCUCCAGGAUCAGAGAUUCAGGACAAAAUAUCGUUCAUAAUUAAUAAUAUUUCAGUUGCAAAUGUUGAAGCUAAAGCAAAAGAAUUCACUGAAAUACUGAAGGAGCAGCACUAUCCCUGGUUUGCUCAGUACAUGGUCAUGAAAAGAGCAAGCAUUGAGCCCAAUUUUCACGAUUUGUACUUGAAGUUCCUUGAUAAAGUUUAUUCAAAAGCUUUAAGUAAGGAGAUUGUCCAAAACUCAUAUGAGAACUGCAAGGUUCUUUUGGGAUCAGAGCUCAUAAAAUCUAGUUCCGAAGAACGUUCAUUGCUAAAAAAUUUGGGAAGCUGGCUUGGAAAAUUAACUAUUGGAAGGAACCAAGUUCUGAGGGCACGUGAAAUAGAUCCUAAAUCUUUGAUCAUAGAGGCAUAUGAGAAGGGAUUGAUGAUUGCAGUUAUACCAUUUACAUCCAAGGUUCUGGAGCCAUGUCAAAGCAGUCUAGCAUACCAACCUCCUAAUCCUUGGACUAUGGGCAUUCUUGGAUUGCUGGCUGAGAUCUACUCAAUGCCAAACUUGAAAAUGAACCUCAAAUUUGACAUAGAGGUCUUGUUCAAGAAUCUUGGCGUAGAUAUGAAGGACAUUGCACCAACUUCUCUCCUGAAGGAUCGGAAAAGGGAAAUUGAAGGGAAUCCUGAUUUUUCCAACAAAGAUGUUGGAGCAUCCCAACCACAGCUGGUUCCUGAAGUUAAAUCUGGAAUUAUAUCUCCACUAAAUCAUGUUGAGCUACCGCUUGAGGUUGCAAGCCCACCUAAUUCUGGUGGUCAUGCUCAUUUGUUAUCUCAGUAUACCUCUCCUGUUCAUGCAUUGAUGGAGGAUGACAAACUAGCUGCAUUAGGCUUGUCUGAUCAGCUCCCUUCUGCUCAAGGUCUAUUCCAAGCGACUCCGUCCCAGUCAACAUUUUCUGCUAGUCAGCUUCCCACAGCAAUACCCAACAUCGGAACUCAUGUUAUUAUCAAUCAGAAACUAAAUUCUUGGGGCUUACAUGUGCAUUUUCAAAGACUGGUUCCUGCUGUAAUGGAUAGAGCUAUCAAAGAUAUCGUUUCUGGUAUUGUUCAACGAAGUGUUUCUAUUGCAACACAGACAACAAAAGAGCUUGUUCUGAAGGAUUAUGCCAUGGAAUCCGAUGAAACAAGAAUAUAUAAUGCAGCACACUUAAUGGUUGCCAGUUUGGCUGGAAGCUUAGCUCAUGUAACAUGCAAGGAGCCAUUACGUAGUUCAAUAUCAAGUCAGCUAAGGAAUUCAGUUCAGAGUUUCUCUUUAACAAGUGAAAUUCUGGAGCACGCUGUGCAACUUGUUACCAAUGAUAACCUUGAUCUUGGGUGUGCAGUGAUUGAACAGGCUGCCACAGAUAAGGCCAUACAAACCAUUGACACUGAAAUAGCUCAACAACUAGUAAGAAGGAAGCAUAGAGAUGGUGUUGGCCAAACAUUUUUUGACGCAAACAUGUACACCCAAAGUUCUAUGGGUGUUGUACCUGAGGCCCUUCGCCCCAAGCCUGGUCACUUGUCUGUUUCUCAACAGCGAGUUUACGAGGAUUUUGUUCGUCUUCCAUGGCAAAACCAAUCUAGCCAUAGCUCACAUGUCAUUCCUGCGGGUUCUGCUUCUUCUGGUGCUUCUGGUCUUGCUAGUGCAUAUGGUUCAGUUUCAUCAGAUGUGGCUUCUGAAGCUAUUGAAUCUAAUUCAGCUGCACUUCUUAGUGCUUCUUCAAUUCAUAGUGCAGCAGCUGAUGGUGUUAUCCCACAAAGUUCUGAAAACAAUUCAAUCAGUGCUUCAUUCUCUGCUACUGCUGCUUCCUCUGAACUUCACCCAGUGGAAUCCUCAGAUGUAAAGGAAUCGGGAGUUUCUUCUGAGCCAUCUUUAGCUGCUUCUGAGCGUGCUGGGAGUAGCGUUGCAGAUGCUUCCCUGAACACUAGGGAUGCAUUGGACAAGUACCAGAUUAUUGCGCAGAAGUUGGAGACUUUAGUGGCUAGUGAUUCUAGAGAAGCUGAAAUCCAGGGGGUAGUUACAGAGGUUCCUGAAAUCAUACUCAGAUGUGUCAGUCGAGAUGAGGCUGCAUUGGCUGUGGCACAAAAGGUAUUCAAGGGUCUAUAUGAGAAUGCAUCGAACAGUUUUCACGUUAAUGCUUGCCUUGCAAUUCUGGCUGCUAUUCGUGAUGUGUGCAAGCUUGUGGUUAAAGAACUCACUAGUUGGGUGAUUUACUCAGAUGAGGAGCGAAAGUUCAAUAAAGAUAUUACUCUUGGCCUGAUAAGCAGUGAAUUGCUCAAUCUUGCAGAGUACAAUGUUCAUAUGGCAAAACUUAUUGAUGGGGGAAGGAAUAAAGCUGCAACGGACUUUGCCAUUUCCCUUGUCCAAGCUUUGGUUGUUGAAGAAUCCAAUGUCAUCUCUGAACUCCACAAUCUUGUUGAUGCACUGGCCAAGCUAGCCACAAAAUCUGGAUCUGCCGAGUCAUUACAACAGCUGAUUGAGAUUGUCAGGAAUCCUGGUGCCAAUGCGGCUUCUCUAACUAGUUUAACUCUUGGAAAGGAGGACAAGGCAAGACAGUCUAGAGACAAGAAGCCUAUCAGUCAGCUGAUAGCUAACAGGGAAGACUAUGGCAACAUCGAAUCUGUGGAACCAGAAGGUUUUCGUGAGCAGGUUUCCAUGCUUUUUGCGGAAUGGUACCGGAUAUGUGAACUUCCUGGUGCAAAUGAUGCAGCUUCUACCCAUUACAUCUUUCAGCUGCAUCAAAAUGGAUUAUUGAAGGGGGAUGAAAUGACAGAUCGCUUUUUCCGUGUACUCACGGAGCUUUCUGUUGCGCACUGCUUGUCCUCUGAGGUGAAUUCCAGUGCACUGCAAUCACCUCAGCAAGUGCAGAGUCUCUCCUUCCUUGCUAUUGAUAUUUAUGCAAAAUUGGUCCUUUCAAUCCUAAAGGUGGAGCAGGGAUCAAGUAAACUUUUUCUUUUGUCAAAGAUUUUGAGUGUCACUAUGAAACUCGUACAAAAGGAUUCAGAGGAGAGGAAAAAUUCUUUUAAUGCAAGACCAUAUUUCAGAUUGUUUAUAAGCUGGCUUCAAGACCUCCUUUCCCCAGAGCCUGUUAUUGAUGGUGUAAACUUCCAGAUCUUGACAGCCUUUGCUGGUGUAUUCCAUAAUCUGCAGCCUCUUAAAGUUCCUGGUUUCAGCUAUGUGUGGCUCUCAUUAGUGAGUCAUAGGAGUUUCAUGCCAAGAUUGCUCACAGGAAACGCGCAGAAGGGCUGGCCUUAUGUCCAGCGGUUGCUGGUGGACUUGUUCCAGUUCCUGGAGCCAUAUUUGAGGAACGCCGAGCUAGCAGUGCCAGUUCACUUGCUUUAUAAAGGUACGCUUAGGGUGCUUUUGGUGCUGCUGCAUGAUUUCCCAGAGUUCCUUUGUGAUUACCAUUUCACUUUCUGUGAUGUGAUUCCUCCAAGCUGCAUACAAAUGCGUAAUAUUAUUCUCAGUGCUUUCCCUCUCAAUAUGAGGCUGCCGGAUCCAUCUACUCCCAACUUAAAGAUUGAUUUGCUACCGGAAAUUAUGGAACCUCCUCGCAUUUUCUCUGAGGUUGAUGCUGCUCUUAAAGCAAAGCAGAUGAAAGCUGAUGUAGAUGAGUAUCUCAAGACGAGGCAACAGGGUUCUUCAUUCCUGACUGAAUUGAAGCAGAGAUUGCUCCUUAUACCCAGUGAAGCUGCGUCUGCUGGAACCCGCUAUAAUGUACCGUUGAUCAACUCCCUUGUGCUUUAUGCUGGAAUGCAGGCCAUCCAGCAGCUUCAGGCAAGAACACCUCAUGGACAAUCGGCGGGAAAUACUGUUCCUUUAGCUGUAUUUUUGGUGGAUGCUGCUUUAGAUAUUUACCAGACGCUAAUACUGGACCUAGACACUGAAGGCCGAUACCUCUUUCUAAAUGCCGUUGCCAAUCAACUACGCUAUCCGAACAACCAUACACAUUACUUCUCUUUUGUCUUGCUUUACUUGUUUGCUGAAUCAAACCAGGAAAUUAUCCAAGAGCAGAUUACAAGAGUGCUUUUGGAACGCCUAAUUGUUAAUCGACCACAUCCAUGGGGCCUUCUGAUUACUUUCAUCGAGCUCAUCAAGAAUCCUAGGUACAACUUUUGGAAUCGAUCAUUCAUAAGGUGCGCACCGGAGAUAGAGAAACUUUUUGAAUCGGUUGCAAGAUCAUGCGGAGGCUUAAAGCCCAUGGAUGACAGUAUGGUCUCCAGUUGGGUUUCUGAGAGCGCACAUUGAAGUGUACUGAUUAUGCAUUAUGCCUCCUUAAAGUUUUCAAAUUACAAAUUAGUCUGCGACUAAAAUCAUUUUGUAAACAUAUUUAGAGGUCUCAAAAUUCCCCUUUUGUACAUGUACUAUUUCAUCAUGGAUCAAUUCCCUUUGGUAAUGCUCCAAGGCUCUGCGGUCAGAGAUCUCUCUCACAUCAUGUUGACGUGUAAUAUACUGUACAAAUGUAUGGCGUAAUAGGAAGUUGUCAAUAUUGGCCUUUGCCAAAAUUGAUUCAUCUUACCCUGGAUGUGCUACGAGCUCUUGUAAUAGUUGAUAUUUUCUUGAAUGUUGAUUUUUCACGUUUGCAACCA